GGGCCAGAGCUGCGUGCGCGGUGCUGACUGCGCCGCCGAGAGAGCCAGCGGGAACCCAGACCCCGAGGAGCCCCUCGUCCCCGCCCGGCCUGGCCAGGCCCCGCGCUAUGGAAUUCCUCUGGGCCCCUCUCUUGGGUCUGUGCUGCAGUCUGGCCGCUGCUGAUCGCCACACCGUCUUCUGGAACAGUUCAAACCCCAAGUUUCGGAAUGAGGACUACACAGUACAUGUGCGGCUGAAUGACUACCUGGACAUCAUCUGUCCUCAUUACGAGGAUGACUCUGUGGCAGAUGCUGCCAUGGAGCGGUAUACAUUGUACCUGGUGGAGCGUGAGCAGUACCAGCUAUGCCAACCGCAGUCCAAGGACCAGGUCCGCUGGCAGUGCAACCAGCCCAGUGCCAGGCAUGGCCCAGAGAAGCUGUCUGAGAAGUUCCAGCGUUUCACACCCUUUACCCUGGGCAAGGAGUUCAAAGAGGGACACAGCUACUACUACAUCUCCAAACCCAUUCACCACCAGGAAGACCAGUGCUUGAGGUUGAAAGUGACAGUUAACGGCAAAAUCACUCACAGUCCUCAGGCCCAUGCCAAUCCACAGGAGAAGAGACUUCCAGCAGAUGACCCAGAGGUGCAGAUUCUACAUAGCAUCGGUCACAGUGCCGCUCCCCGCCUCUUCCCACUUGCCUGGGCUGUGCUGCUCCUGCCAUUCCUGCUGCUGCAGACCCCAUGAAGGUGUACGCCACGUCUAGCAUCAGGAUUGGAACUGGGCUGAGGAGGCAGGGGUAGGCCUCCCUCACCUGCCUGGGGCCCCUCCCAAAGCCCCAGUCCUGGGAACCACUCCCACUACAUGCACAAGCUGCCACCCGGCAGCCUCAAAACGGGUCAGUGUUAAGGGUUUCAACCCAGAGGAGGUUAGCAGGCCUGGCAGGGCCAUCCCCACCUCCACCUCAGAGAGCUGGCCAGAGAAGUGGAGACGGUCCUUUCCCCUCCAUUCCUGCCCUUAAACCAAAGAAACAAGCUGUGCAGAUAUGACCUCUUAAGAAGGGCACUGUGAGCUGAGCUGGAAGGGGUUUGGGGUCCCACGGAUGGACACUGAGCCUGGCAAAGAUGUCCCUCCCAGAGAGAGCCAGGAUGACCAGAUGAACUGACUAAAGGAAAACCAAGAGACAGUUGCCUGCUUGGGAGCCAGGGACAGGAGAGGCAGCAUGCUUGGGCUGACCCAGCAUCUCCCCCAAGACUUUCUUCUGUGGAGCUGCCACAGAGAGGUUGUAGCCACGUACUGCAUCCUCUCCCAUCCAGGGGCAGCACUCCCCAGAGCUGUGCCAGCAGGGGGGCUGUGCCAACCUGGUCUUAGAGUGUAGCUGUAAGGGCAGUGCCCACAUGCACAGAGUCUGUGUGUAGAGUGCAGCCUGAAGGGCAGGGCCCAUGUGUACAGAACUUGUAUAGGAACUUGAUGUGUCUGUGCUGAUUUCUAUAACUGGAGUUGUUUUUGUUUUUGUUUUUAAUACAAUGUUCUUUGUCUCAAAAUAAAGCAAUGUGUUUGGUUCUUUUGA